UCUACGAAUGGUGGCUGCCAUUGCCAUCCUAGUCAAGGAUGCGGGCAAGCUAACUUUGGGCCAAUCACUUACCAUCUUGGCCCCCCAUGCGGUUGAAGCCUUGGUCAAGCAGCCCCCAGACAGGUGGCUCUCCAAUGCUCGCCUGACCCAUUAUCAGGCCAUGCUCCUGGACACUGAUCGUGUACAGUUCGGGCCUGUGGUGGCGCUCAACCCUGCCACCCUACUCCCCUUACCUGAGACUAUGGAAACACAUGAUUGCCUCCAGAUCCUAGCUGAAGUUCAUGGCACCCGAAAGGAUCUGACGGACCAGCCCCUCAUGGGAGCAGACUACACCUGGUAUACAGAUGGCAGUAGCUUCCUGCACAAUGGCGAGCGAAGAGCAGGAGCUGCAGUGACUAAUGAGACAGAGGUAAUCUGGUCCAAGAAGCUAUCUCCUGGGACAUCAGCUCAGCGGGCGGAACUCAUUGCCCUGACUCAGGCUCUGCAGAUGGCAGAAGGUAAGAAACUAAACGUUUAUACCGACAGCCGCUAUGCCUUUGCUACGGCCCACAUACAUGGCGAAAUCUAUCGGAGGAGAGGGCUCCUCACCUCCGAGGGAAAAGAAAUUAAAAAUAAACCUGAAAUACUGGCUCUGCUCAAGGCCUUGUUCCUGCCCCAAAAGUUAAGCAUUAUGCACUGCCCGGGUCACCAAAAGAAUAAUAGCCCGGUGGCAAGGGGAAACCAGCUGGCAGAUCAAGCUGCUAAGGAAGCUGCCCUGGGGGAAAAAGAAACUGGGCCCAUUCUCACCCUGAGCAUAGGGCCCCCACAAGAAAAUAAUAAACCUAUGGAGUACAGUUCUGAGGAUCAGGAGCUGCUAAAGAAAAUGGGGGCCACAUGGGAUCCACAGAACGGGGCAUAUACCAUGGACGAAAAAAUUGUUAUGCCCACUUCAUAUUCUCGCCACAUAGUCCAAUCCUUGCACUCACUGACCCAUCUGAGUGAAAACAAAAUAAAAACCCUCUUAAAUAAUGAGCACCAACCGUAUUUGUUACUAAACCAAGACAAGGCGUUGCGAUCCAUAAUUAAAAAUUGCUUAGUCUGUGCACAAGUAAAUACCGGAAAGGCUUAUGCUGCCCCUGGAGUGCGCGUUCGAGGACAUCGCCCUGGUAUUCACUGGGAAAUCGACUUCACGGAAGUAAAACCUGGACUCUAUGGUUACAGAUAUUUGUUAGUUUUUGUAGACACUUUUUCAGGAUGGGUAGAAGCCUUCCCCACCAAGCACGAGACUUCGAAUGUGGUCACCAAGAAACUACUUGAAGAAAUCUUCCCCAGGUAUGGAAUACCUCAGGUAUUAGGCACCGACAAUGGUCCAGCCUUCGUCUCCCAGCCCACCUCCAGGCACUCCAGAUCGUUCAGAAAGAGGUCUGGAGGCCACUGGCUACAGCUUAUCGAGAGCAGUUAGAAAAUCCAACUGUGCCACAUCAAUUCCAGAUC